AUGGAUCGACCGACAGAGAGCUUUGAACGAGAGAGCCUCCCCGAGGCCGCCUGGUGGGCAUAUCUACGAAUGGAAGCCUACUUGGCAGUUGUUAAUCAGGUACCUUUCCCAUCAUACUUAGACCCUCUGUGGGCAGAGAAAAGAGGUGCUCCUGUGGAUGACAAAGAUUGGGCAAAUCUUAUGCUUCUUCACUUGACAGACAUCAUCCGAUACUGUUUCUCAGAUAAUAAAGAUACCGAGCACUAUGCGGCGCUGCUAAAAGACAUAACCAUCUGGUCGGAGACAAAACCAGAUUCCUUCGAUCCUAUAUACACAUGCAAUCAUCCUGAGAAACAAGUACUUCCAGAUAUAUGGCUGUAUAGCGAACCAGUGGCUGCUGGCUUGCAAUACUACCACCUCAGCAGGAUGCUUCUCAUGUCUCACGAUCCGCGUCUUCCAAAGAUUGGGCUUGCAAGGAAUAGGACAAUGAAGCAAAUAGAGCACGAAAUGAAGACCGACACCAAGAUAGUCUGCGCUAUCGCUGCAGGCAUGGGCGAAGCCAGUCCCACAUACCUGAUUGCAUGCAUGGCCAUAGCGUUGGUCGGAGACCUUUUCGACAAACGCGCUGAGCAGGAUACACUCCUUUGUGCUCUAGCUAAUGCAACUGAUCGGUUUGGAUGGCCGACUUCUUACAUAAAGGAUAGUUUGAAGAAAACGUGGGGAUGGCUUUAG